GUCGAAAAAGCAACAAGGUCCCGUUGGAUCUUGAUACCGCACCCCGAGUGUAGGAUUGAAUCUUGAUGAAUCCUAGUCGGCCGGGGUGUGUGCAACGAUGGGAGGUUGAUGAUAGCUUCCGUGCUGGCAACAGUCUGGGUGUGCCAUUUCCUUUCACAAAACAAUAAUCCAUCCUCAGCGAAGCAAGAAAAAGAUUCGAACCACUUCUGCGGGUUUUACCAAGCAAGAAACCAUGAAGUUUAUGACGGCAGUUUUGGCAGCUCUAUCUGCCCCCAUUCUCCAAGCCAAUGCCCAGCAAGUUGUCAGCCUCAUCCAUAUCAACGACCAUCACUCCCAUUUUGAUGAAUCUGCCUUGACAUUGUCAGAAGAAUUCAUCCCACCAGGUCUCAGUGUAGAGACCAGUGAGCUGCGAUUGUUCCAUGGUGGAGCCCCUCGUGUUGCCAAUCAAAUUGAUGCGUUUCGUCAAGAAUCUUUGGCUGCAGGGAAUGAUGUUUGUGUGGUUCAUGCUGGAGAUGCCUUGACAGGGACAUCUUACUAUUCCUUUUAUGGCCCAUCCAUGGAUGCUGCUUUUAUGAACACGGUGCAAUUCGAUGUCAUGGUGACAGGAAACCAUGAAUUUGACGAUGGAGAUGAAAACUUGGCCAAUUUCACCAGAAUGUUGGAUGCCACUACCGUGAUUUCCUACAACUUGAUACCUCAUGCAGACUCGGCCUUGUUGCAGCUGGAAGCUGACAAAGCUAUCCAGCCCUACUUCAUCAAGGAGCUUUCUGAUGGGACACAGAUGGGCUUUUGUGGUAUCACAACCAAAGUCAAUACAGAGCAGUCAUCCUUCCCUGAUCCAGGAACAACGUUUUUGGAAGAGGUUGCGGCUACAGAAGCCUGUGUUGAUGAGUUGACAGGGUUGGGAAUUGACAAAAUCAUUGCCAUCACCCAUUUGGGAUACGAUGAAGAUGUGAUGAAGAUCUCUGCUAUUGAGGGUGUGGAUGUCAUUAUUGGUGGACACACACAUUCUCUCUUGGGAGAUGAGAAGACUCUGGGACUAGUAGGCCUGAAUCCUGAGGCUCCCUAUGGAGUCAUGGUCAAUGGAACCUGCAUUGCUCAGGCCUGGGAAUACAACAAGAUCGUUGGAAAACUAGAUAUCACUUUUGAUGUCAAUGGGGAUGUCGAGUCCUGCGAAGGGACUCUGGCAAUCCCUCUCAACCCUGAUGUCUUUACAGUCAGAGAUGCUGAUCCGAGAUAUGAUUUGGAGGCGUCAGAUGCCUCUGUUGUUGUGGAUUACCUGACUGGCCUGGGCGUCUUUACAGACCCAGGUGAAAGCACCCAAGUCAUUGAUGUGCUACAACCCUUUCGCGAUGAAGUGGAUAGCUUCUUGGAACAACCCAUUGCCACUGCUGCCGAGAACAUUUGCCAUACAAGAGCUGGCGGUGCACAUGACCCCAACUGUCCUGGGAAGGAAGAUCUCUCUGCUGUAGGGGGCGGGGCCUGCCUCAUCGUAUCCCAAGGUUUCCUCUACAAUGUCCCCAAUGCCGAUUUCGCCAUUCAAAACUCUGGUGGCUGCCGUGAAGGCAUCCUGGCCGGAAGCUUUACCUACGGAGAUGCCUACACUAUCCUACCGUUCUCUAACACUCUUGUCACAUUCGACAUGACUGGAAAUCAGAUCCGCCGUGUGCUGGAAGACUCUGUCAACUUCUUCUUGAAUGAAACGAUUGGUGGUGGGGGCGGUAGCUACCCAGUUAGUGCUGGCUUGAGGUGGCAUGUCAACUACACUAAGCCAUUUGGAGAACGUUUCUCCAAUAUCGAGAUAAACCCCCGCUUGGAAGGAGACUGGGAGCCACUGGACCUUGAGGAAGUAUACACAGUUGUCACCAACGACUUUAUCGCUGCCCCUCGCGAUGGGUACUACACGUUUGCUGAGAUUCAGUACGAAAACACUUAUGUUUUGUACACUCAGUCCUUGAUCGACUACGUCACUGAGCUUCAAGUUAUCAUUGAGCCUCUGCGCAAUGAGUACUCUACCCAGGUGCUGACAGUUUUGAAUGGUACAACGUACGACGUUCGUAAGCCAUCAUAUGAAGAAGAUGUUGUUGCUGCCCCUGCUGCGUGUACUUUGGAACUAAUGACAUGCCCAGAUGGGAGCUCCGUUGGAAGGACAGGGCCUGACUGCGAGUUUGAGCCCUGCCCUGCGGUUGAAGUCGAAGUUGCAAGGCAAGAAGGAGAUGAAGAGGACCCCAUGGCAGAACUCCCAGAAGAACAAUCAGAGGACACCGCAGCACCUACUCUUGAUAUUGAGCGCGCUGGCGAAGAAGACGAGAAACUGCUGGGCGAAGGUGAAGGCUAUGUCAGCGCAGCAUCGACGAUGACGACAAACUCCCUCAUUCUUGGGCUCAUUGCUACCAGUACGAUUGUAAUGGUUUAAGUUCAAAGUGAAGUCUUGCAUGUGAGACAGUUUUGAGAGUUUCGCUGUUGACAAACCAGAAAGAUUGUACCUGUGCAUACUGAAGAGUGAAUCAUUCUUUGAGAAAAAGUAUGACCAUACUACAGCAACCAUAAGAUCGCGAGCAGUGAUUUCGAGCUCUGUGUUCUGUCCGGGUCUUCAGACGAAGCUAGCUACUAGAUAGAACAAUCCAAACUUUGUGAGGUAUUCCUCUAGUAGGCUAGUCAGGAGAUGCCCAUGGUUGGCACUGCCAGUACUGUACACGUACCGGAACGAAGAAGCAUGUAGACUAAAUGUACAUGUAGUUGAC